AUGAAUGAUAGAACAAUUGAAGACUUUUUAUAUGAUGAAGACCUUCAUUAUGUUGCAACUCUUAUUCUUCAUCCAUCCACUUCAAGUGUUUUUGAUUCAACACCAACAAUAUUACAAUAUUCAGUAUUAGUAAAUCCACAUAUGACACAAUCUAUUCAAACAAAAAGUUACAUGCAAAUUAGUUGGGAAACACAAGAAUUUUUAAUAAGUAAAAUGAAUAAAAAACCAGUUACCAUUAAUUUUAAAUAUCAACGAUUUCCAAAUAAUAAAGAUGAAACAUUACAAAAGCAAUUAUUAGGAGAUAUUAGUGGACCUUAUCUUUUUGUUAUUUAUUUAAUUAAUUUUAUUAUUUUUCUUAAUCUCAUUGUUGGAGAAAAAGAAAAUGAACAUCGUCUUUAUAUGAAAAUGGUGGGAAUGUAUGAUAGUGCUUAUUGGAUAGCACAUUUUAUUCAAAAUAUGAUUAUUUCUUUCUUUCUUUGUUGGUUUGUUAUUGGAAUAGGAGCAGCUUGUGGUUUUAGAUUAAUGACAAAAGCAAAUUUAUUUUGUUUAUUUAUUGUUAUGUGGACUUUUACAUUCUCAUUAACAUGUUUUGCAUAUUUUUUAGCUACAUUAAUGAAUAAAACACGUAUUGCAAUAACUUCAUCAAUAGGAUUUUUUAUUGUUGGAUUAAUUUUUCAAUUAUUAGCAGAAACAUCAAUGUUUGUUGAUGCUAUUUUCAAUAACUUAGCAUAUAUUUAUAUUGUUAUUCUUGGACUAUUUCCUCCUUUAUUCUUUGGUACUUCUAUGUCUGCUUUUACAAAAAGAUAUGAUUAUGGAUUAACUUGGUCAGAUAUGUUGGAGAAAGUUCCUAACUCAAAUGUUUUUGGACCAUUUUAUUCUAUGUUAUUAAUGUUUUGUAUUGGUAUUUUUUGGCUUAUUGUUGGAACAUUAAUAUUAAUUAGUAGUGAAUCUGAGAAUGGAUGGUUAUUUGAAGUUUUUGGAUAUAAGACAUUAAAACAACUUGCUAAGAAAGUUAUAAAAGAAGAUGAAGAAGACGAUGAAAUGGAUGAAGAUGUAGAUGCUGAAAAGAAAAUGACACUUGAUGAAUCAAAUAAAAAACCAAUGAGACUUUAUAAUGUUAGAAAAACCUUUUAUACUAAUUGGCCUUAUAAAUCUAAAAAUGAUGUUCAUGCAGUGAGAGGAGUUACUUUAUCUGUUGAUGCAGGAACUGUUUUUACAUUACUUGGACAUAACGGUGCAGGAAAAUCAACACUAAUUAAAAUUAUUACUGGACAACAUAUUCCAUCACAUGGAAGAAUAUUUAUGGGAGGAAUAGAUCUUGCAUCAGACCUUAGUUAUGUUAGGUCACAAAUUGGAUUAUGUCCACAACAUGAUGUUAUUUUCCCUGUAUUAACAGGAAGAGAACAUCUUAGAUUUUAUGGUAGUUUAAAAGGUUUAAAAGGAUAUACCUUAGAACAAGAAGUAGAAAACUUACUUGAUCUUGUUUCAUUAACUAAAGCAGGAGAUAAGCAAGUUGGAAAUUAUUCUGGUGGUAUGAAAAGAAGAUUAAGUGUUGCUAUUGCAUGUAUAGCUAAACCUAAAUGUGUUAUAUUAGAUGAACCAACAACAGGAAUGGAUCCUGUUUCAAGAAGAGAGGUAUGGAAGGUAAUUGAAAAGAUAAAAGUUGGUAAAACUGUGUUAUUAACAACACAUUAUAUGGAUGAAGCAGAAAUUCUAAGUGAUAAAAUUGCAAUUAUGUCACGUGGUAAAAUACAGUGUAUUGGUAGUUCUACUCAUUUAAAGUCAAAGUUUGGAACUGGAUAUGUUCUUACUUUAAAUGCUGAUAUAGAAGAGGUUAAUAAAGUCGAAAAAACUAUUAUUGAACUUAUUCCUGAAGCUAAAGUCAUUCAGAAAGUAUCUGGUAAAUUGAAAAUUGGAAUAGGAUAUACUCAAUCUAAAGAAUUAUUAACAUUACUAACAAAGUUAGAAUCUAAAGAAAUUAAUGUUGUAAAUUGGGGAGUUUCUCCUUCUAGUCUUGAAGAAGUUUUCUUAUCACGUACUGGCAUGGACUAUAAAGAUACUAAUAAAACACUUUCAUUGGAUAAAUUUAUUAAAGGAACAUAUCAACGAGAUGAUAAUAAUGAAGAUCAUAUUGAAAUUAUUGAUGAAAUUGAAAUGACUGAAACACAUAAACCAUCAGAAUUAACUAUUACUCCUUUACAAACUGCUACUACUAAUACUACUAUUGAAUCUCAUACUGACCAACACUCAAAAGAUUCCUUUUCUAAUAUCAAGAAAGAAGGAAUUAUUGUUUCUCCAAUUCCUAAUGAACAAUCCUCAUCAUCAUCAAUUCCUUUAGUUGAAAAUAAAGAAAAACAUAUCAAUACAGAGAUUGAAAUGGAAGUCAAUGAAAAUAAAUAA